AUGCGACCUUCCGACGCCUUUUCACAUCUCUUGAUCUACAACCUGGCAGGCACUGCCUUCUCCUGGGGUGACUUGGGACAUCGCACCACUGCUUAUCUUGCCGAGCUUUAUCUCACAGACGAUGAGCUGCGAGCGGUGCAGCACAAUACCGGGUUCGACGAUAUUUCGGACGCUGCGGUCUGGCCCGACCAAGUCAGCAAGACGCCGGAGUAUUCUUACACAGCCUCGUGGCAUUAUCUCAACGUCCAUGACGAUCCCCCAUCUGCAUGUGGCAUUGAGCUCCCACGCGAUCAUCAACCAGGAUCGUCUGACAUUCUGACAGCCUUUGUGAAUCAUUCCAAAAUCGCAACCAGCAAGCACAGUAGUGCUGAGCAGCUCUCGGAAGCGUUCAGGUUCCUCUUGCAUUGGGUGGGCGACUCACAUCAGCCACUUCACGCCGAGGGUUUCAAACGAGGAGGCGGUGAAAUCCCGGUCUUGUUCGAGGCCGAACCGACCAACUUGCAUAUCGUCUGGGAUGUGCAUAUCCCGGAGAAACUCAGAGGACAACCAGACCAGAGGCAGGCUGCCAAAGACUGGGCCAAAGAAUUGUUCAACAAAGACACUGCUCAGCUGCCAUCAGUCGACAAGACAUGUUCCGACCCGGGACAUGCAUUUGAGUGCGUAUAUGGUUGGAUGCAGGAAGCAAACCAGCUGGUGUGCAGUUCUGUUUUCGCGAAAAGCGUGUAUGAUGUUGACCUCGGUGGAUCAUAUUAUGCACAAGCUGCUCCAGUCGUCAAUCAUCAAAUUGCACGGGCUGGCAAGAGACUGGCAUUGUGGAUCAAAACAGUUCUGAACGAAUCCCUGAGCAACGACUCCAUCGUACCUAAUGAAUGGGACCAGGUGGUGUUGGAUUCGCCGAUAGCUGCCUAA